AUGCUUCGCGAUCCAUCAAUCAGAUUAAGAAAAGCCAUCAUUGAAGGCAAUGUAUUGAUAGUGAAGAGGCUACUGCGACGGUUCCCAGAACUUCUGACAAAUAUUAACCCUGAUAAUGGCUGGUCAUCACUACAUUAUGCAUCGUUUAAUGGUAGAUAUUUAAUUUGUGCAUUUUUGAUUCAGAUGGGUCAUGACAGACAUGAGAUAUUAAAGACAUUCGAACAGGAUACAUGUGUCCAUUUAGCUAUUUUGAAUGGACAUGAACAAACAGCACAUUUAUUACUUCAGCAUUUUCCUCAAUUCAUUAACAAGAAGGGAAAAUUUGGUAGAACACCAGUUCAUAUUGCAUGCCUCCAUGACUACAAUCAAUGUCUAAGUCUACUGAUAGGGGUCGGUGCACAAUUAGCGUUAGCAGAUGAUAAUGGUGAUAUACCAUUGCACAUAUGUCUGGCUCAUGGUAGCAUUAACUGCCUCAGGGUCUUGAUUUUAGAAGGAGAUAGUCGUAAUGAACAAACCAGGAAUAAAGAUGGUUGGAAGCCAAUUGAUGUGGCAAAGACCUUUGAAUUGAAAAAUUUGUAUAAAACACUACUGAAGGAUGUGCAUGCUUCAGGGAUAAAUAAAAUGUCAACUUAUCAACCAUUUAGGACCCCUGUACUGCCUCAAAAGUCAACAUUCGAAGAUGGCCCUUCCCCGAUAUAUUCGCUAAAUUCACCCACAGUUUCUCUUUAUUCACAAGCUAAUGUGUUAAACAAUUUGUCUAGAAUAUCUAACGGUAGAAGAGCUUCCAUUGCUAACAACAUAACCACAUCUCUAAGUAAUGGUGGCUCUGGAAAUACAGAAAGCAAAGAGGAUUUAGUUUUACCAUCGGGAUUGAACUCAAAUAUAUCUAACUCAUUUAUCAAUAAAAGUAGUACAAAAUCACCAAUCGCCAGAGCUGCAAGUUUCACUUCGUUGUUGACAUCUGUUGAUCCAAUUUUUGGUAAGGGAAGCAGCAAGUCAGGUAGAGGAGACAGCAUCACAAAAAGGGAUAUACAUGUUUCCAACACGAAUGCAACAAAUUUCAAUGGUUUAAAACUGGAUAAACCACUAACAGGAUCACCCUACAACCUUUCGUCACGCAAGAGUCUGAAUUACUUAAGGGAGACAGAAGGGAACCCAUUAAAUACCAACCAUGAUGAAUUAACACAAACUAUUUUCAAAAGUAAUAGUAAUACGAAUCUUUUUAGUAAGUAUCUGACCUCACGUAAUAAUGAGAAAGAGAAUGCACCUCUAUUAUUGAAAAACAAUUCAAGUAAUUCCGAUUCAAGAAGCAUUAAAAACGAUAACAACAUAUACGAAUCUACCAUAGACAAUAUAAAUACAACGUCAUCCUUAAAACCAAGUCAUAAUAUUUAUUAUAAGAAAAAUAUUGAAAAAGGUGAAGAUUCGACGAAUUUAGCACAGGGCUUAAAUGGAAGCAACCUUAGCAUCAAUUCAAAAUCCAAAACGCCAAAGGAAAAGCCUAUAUUACAUAGAAUUGAUACAUCAGAUUUAAGAGUAAGCAGUGCUGGAUCUGCAAGAAGGAAAAUGUCCUUAUUGAAUAUAUCUGUUGCAAAAUUGAGAAAAGAUGACACUGAUAGUACACCUUCCAGUGAUGAAGAGCAAGAAGUCAACAAUACGCAACUGCAUUGA